AUGGCGGGGUCGAGGUUCGGGUCGUUCAAGUCGGAGAAAGGCGACUCCGCCUCCGCGGCGGCGGGGGCGGCGGGUGGAGCGGCGCAGAGGAGGGACCCGUACGAGGUGCUCGGGGUGGGCCGCACCGCCACCGACCAGGAGAUCAAGAGUGCGUUCCGACGCAUGGCGCUCAAGUACCAUCCGGACAAGAGUGGUGAUGACCCUAUUGCAUCAGACAAGUUCCAGGAAGUCACAUUCUCCUACAACAUCCUGUCAGAUCCAGAUAAGAGGCGGCAGUACGAUACAUCAGGAUUUGAUGCAAUCGAAUCCGAUAGUCAGGAAUUGGAGCUGGACCUAUCGAGUCUCAAUACUGUAAACACGGUGUUUGCAGCUCUUUUUAGUAAGCUUGGUGUGCCAAUUAAAACAACUGUUUCAGCAACAGUUUUGGAGGAGGCAUUGAAUGGGUCGGUUAUGGUUUCUCAACUCCAGCUAGGAAACUCAGUGCAGAGAAAGGUGGAAAAGCAAUCGGCCCAUUUCUAUUCUGUGGACAUAACUGAAAAACAAGCUAAAAUGGGGCUAGUUUGUCGUGUUCACUCAAACGAUAAGAGCAAAUUCAAGUUGCUUUAUUUUGAGCUUGAAGAAAAUGGUGGGCUUAGUCUUGCACUACAGGAAGACAGUGUGAAGGUUGGGAAAGUUACUGCUGCAGGGAUGUAUUUCCUUGGUUUUCCUGUGUACCGUUUUGAACAAAAUAACCUGGCAGCUGCUGCAAAGGAUUCUGAUGGUGCAUUCUUUAAAAGAUUGGAUAGCUUUCAGCCAUGUGACAUACAUGAACUGAAACCUGGAACCCACUUCUUUGCUGUCUAUGGUGACAAUUUCUUUAAGAGCGCAAGUUAUACUAUAGAGGUUGUAUGUGGUGAAUCUUUUCCUUCCGAAAAGGAGAUGCUACGAAAUGUGGAGGCAAAGAUACUCACAAAACGAGCUGAACUUUCCAAAUUUGAGUCAGAGUAUAGGGAGGUUUUGGCAAAGUUCACUGAAAUGACCAGCAAAUACACACAAGAAAUGCAAGCGAUUGAUGAUCUUCUGAAGGAAAGGAAUGAGAUCCAUGCUUCCUAUACCAACAAUCCACCUCUAAAACGGAGUUCCAGCAGGAAUAAAGGCAAGUCACCUUCGAAAGUGGCCAAAACCGAUACAGAAAAACAUCCUCGGAAGGAAAAGAAAGUGAAGGAUCACUGCAUGGAGGGAUAUGGAAGUGACAGUGAUAACUCAAGUGAAAAGAAAUCAAAAGAGCGGUUCCCAAGGAAGAAAUGGUUGAACAUUCCAUUCAAACUUGACAGGAGAAAGACAUGCUGA